AUGGCCAUGCCGUUAGAUCACGCAUCUGGAAGAACUUUGAAGGUACCAGCAUUUGACGGAGAGAUGUCCUGGAACGUUUAUAAAACCCAGUUCGAAGCAGCGGCAACUAGUAACUGUUGGAACGGAAAAGAACGAGCAACAGCACUGAUACUGGCCCUGCGAGGUUCAGCAGCAGAGGUUCUUCAGACGAUUCCGGCGGAGAACCACUUCAACUAUGAAGUUCUGGUUAGCGCGUUGGAUUUACGUUAUGGUGAAGAACACAUGAAGCAGAUUUAUCGGUCUCAACUUAGAAACAGAACGCAACGAUCUGGUGAAUCCAUUCAGCAGCUGGCACAAGAUAUCGAACGGUUGACAUUGUUGUCGUAUCCAACAUCAGACCCCGAGCACAGAGACGAAACUGCCCUGGAUACGUUUAUCAAAGCCCUUCGUGAUUCGGAACUCAAGCAAUCCCUUUUCUUGUCAGAUAAACGAAAACUCAAGGAUGCCGUUGCGCACAGUCUCACUUUUGAAUCGGCAAAGCAAGCAUCAAAAAGUGACGUACGUCUACGCCAAGUACAUGAAGAAUGCUCUUGCCAGAAGGUGAUUGUGAAACGCGAACCCCAACAGCAUGGUGUACCCCAAUGCUGGAUUUGUGGCGAAAAAGGCCAUCUACGUCGUGAUUGUAAACACCGCCUAAAAGAUAACUACUGCCGAAAUUGCGCGACAAGAUGGCGCAAAAGAAGAGAAGAUGAUCCCGUAUCACGAUCGGCCCCUUCUAACGAAGGGGCGGGAAAACUAAUAAGAGCCAACUUUGUGGGGCAGAGGUUGGCUAAUAGAAUUGACGCCCCCAGUACCGUAAUUAACGUUUCCAGACUACAUCGAAAUCGAAACGAUUUAUGGCUGAACGGAAAAAGUAUGCUGGAAUCGGACCAUCGGGAAGAAUCUAGAAACGACGCUUGCGAAAAGUAUAUAAGCGCACGUCGCAAGAUAUUUGGUUUUGGUGAUAUUCGUGAUUGGGAUAUUCGUGAUUAG